AUGGACUUGGGAGUGGAUAUCGGCACUGGAUCGGUGAGAUCCUUCGGCGACGGCUUCUCGGCUGUCCGUGCCAUCACCACCACUCGCCACACAAGUCGGGUGAUCACUCAGCUGUCACUAGAGAUCUUUGAUGCCAUCCAAGCAGUGCUCCCGCCCACUCCAGUGUCUGGUGUGUGCUUCGCGGCGACGUGCUCGAUGGUUGUACGAGAAAAACUAGUGGUGGACGGGCGCCCGGUCCUAGCCCCGUUCAACUGUGGUACCGGGGCGUCCCCCGGCCACCAGGAUAUAAUCCUUUGGAUGGACUCGCGGUCACAUGACCAGUGUGCAACCAUGAAUAAGCAGUUGGAAGGCUCGUUCAUGAAACAAACUAUUGGAGAGUUCAUUCCAGAAUUGGGUCUUCCGAAGCUCAAAUGGCUUAGCGACAACUCAGAAAAAGAGCUUUAUUGCUUCGAACUCUACGAUUGGUUCAGCUAUGUGUUCCAGGUGGGAUACUAUGAUAAGAGCCAAAAUUUGGUGGAGUUUGCACUUAGAGAUGUGGAUUUCACCCACGGAACUGCCAUUGAUGGGUCGAUCAAAGGCUGGAGCAGAGAGCAGCUUCUGUUCAUUGGUGGGAAUGUAAAGGUUGGUCGGUCGGAAACCGUAGGCCCACUAGACCAUGUACCCCUGCAACUUCUCCCGUUGGGGGCACCUAUAGGACGAGCACACCCUGAUUUACUCGCCGAUUGCCACAUCUUCAACGGAUGUAUCGACUGCUACGGCGGGUGGGCACUCACAGCUUGCCCCAGGCAGAUCUCGAUGGUGGCAGGGACUCUGACGUGCUUUAUGUUUCACACCAAGGCCCCAGCACCAUUGAUCCCGGCCGUGUGGGGGCCGUUCGAAUUGGUUUCUCAAACAGCAGUGUACUCAUUUGGCCAGCCUGCUACCGGGAAGCUCUUUGAGGACUUGUUCGAUGAGUUUCUGGUCGGUAGAGACUCAUUUGCACGGAUGGAAACCAUCACCCAAGAAUGGGAAUUAGAGCACCACCAAAGCAUCAUCGAACUUGUCCGCCACUACGUCUACUACGGCGACAAGUAUGGCAACCGGUCGCCUCUCCUGGACUUCCGUAUGGACGAAUGCUUUAUUGACGGAAAAAAUGCCAGUGUAUUGGGAGUGUCAGUGUUUUCUCAAGAUGAGGCAGCGAUGGUGAUCCGGUAUCAUCUUAUUGUUGAAUUUCUUUGUUUCCAGACGGCUCAGAUGCUUGAACCUUUGCCGGUGGAUACCAUUGUUGUGAGUGGAUCCCAGGUGAAUAAUACGCGGCUCCUACGGCUUCUUCGCCAUGUGACGGGGAAACUGGUGGUCAUACUCGGAGGAGACCACUCCCUCGCGGUAGCGCGUGGAGCGCGCGGCCUUUGUGGCAGUGCGGGCGGAGAAUCUUCGCACGAGGCGGCUGCACCCUUGGUCGCACCUCCACUUUCUCCCCAGGAAGCACUGGUGAUGGCUGCUAAAUUCCACGUGUACAAAGACCUUGUGGCAGUACAGAUCAAAGCCCGCCGACUUCUAUAGCUUCAUAGACAAAUUACCCAUGCACCCAUAGCCAAAAA